AUGGCUGCAAGCUAUGCAGGCGAUGACCACGAGGAGGACCCGCUUGCGGGCGCCGUGCCGCAUGUUGAUGAGUCGUCUAAGAGCGGGUGGUACUUGUUCUUGUUGACCUUGUCUAUUGGAGGACUUCAGAUUGUUUGGUCCGUGGAAUUGUCCAAUGGAUCACCUUUCCUCCUCUCCCUCGGCAUGAGCAAGUCGCUCCUUGCCUUUGUAUGGAUAGCCGGCCCUCUGACGGGUACGCUGGUGCAGCCAUAUAUCGGGAUCCGCAGCGACAACUGCCGCAUCUCAUGGGGCAAACGGAAGCCGUUCAUGCUGGUGGGCAGCGCGGCGACAAUCGUGUCGUUGCUGGCUCUCGCAUGGGUCAAGGAGCUUGUUGGCGGGUUUCUCUCUAUCUUUGGGGUCAGUCCGCAAUCCGAUGCAACCAAGACCUUCGUUAUUAUUGUUGCGACUAUUCUUAUGUAUUCUCUUGAUUUUUCUAUCAAUACUGUGCAAGCCGGAAUUAGGGCCUUCAUCGUCGACAACUGCCCUGCUCAUCAGCAGGAGCUGGCCAAUGCCUGGGCAAGUCGACUGCUGGGCGUUGGCAAUAUCUUGGGGUAUAUUUUUGGCUAUAUGGAUUUGCCCAAGGCCUUGCCGUUCUUGGGAAAUACGCAGUUCAAAGUGCUCUGCGCCCUUGCUUCCAUCUCCCUCGGUGCCACGUUGUUUGUCAGCUGUUAUUACAUCCAGGAACGGGAUCCCCGGCUGGAGAGCCCGCCGGCCUCGGCCGACCUGGGCUUGAUUUCUUUCUUCCGACAGGUCUUCAAAUCCGUGCGCAAUCUCCCGCCUCAGAUUGCCCGUGUCUGUGAGGUGCAGGUGGCCGCGUGGGUGGGUUGGUUCCCGUUCCUGUUCUAUUCGACAACCUACAUCGGGCAGCUGUACGUCAAUCCGAUUUUCGCGGAACAUCCGAAUCUCCCCAGCGAUAAGAUCGAUAAGGCUUGGGAGGAUGCUACGCGCAUUGGGACCUUUGCACUCCUUAUCUACGCAAUCAUUUCGUUCGCUGCCAACCUCACCCUUCCCAUUUUGGUGGUUCCAACCUACAAACCAGUUGCGGGCACUGCCCGGAACCACGAGCCCCCAGACGGACCUACAGCCGAGGAAGAGGAGCCCGUGCUUCCCCGCAGAUUGUCAUUCUCCAGUAUGCCGACAGGCACUGCAUCGGAGCCGCUGCUCGACUCCACUCCAGUCAAAGAUUACUCGGUGGAAGGAAAGCCAACGUGGCUGUCGCGUCUGCAGAUCCCGGGCUUAACUCUUCGCCGCACAUGGCUUCUGUCCCAUGUCCUUUUCGCUGUGUGCAUGUUAAGCACGCUAUUCAUUUACUCUCACCAAGCGGGGUCCGUGGCCGUCGGGCUGGUCGGUAUCUCGUGGGCGGUGACAAUGUGGGCGCCUUUCGCUCUGAUUUCAGCCGAGGUGUCUCGAAUGGACGUCGACCGGCGGUUACGUCGUCGGGAAGCGGCAAUGGCCACCUCCGACGAUACUGGUGUGAAUGCCCCGGCAUCACCCCAAGAUUCCGUGGAGAAUGAUGACAAUGACCAUGAUCAUCAGCUACACGACAGCGAUCUCGAGACAGGGCGACCCAAGGACGGCGACGCAGACGAGAGCCUGGUCCAGGCAGGCAUUAUCCUAGGCUUACACAACGUGGCCAUCUCUUUCCCCCAGAUCCUAUCCAGUCUCAUCUGCAGCGCAAUCUUUAAGGCCGCCCAGAAGCCGCGCGGAGUGCCGUGGGAUGACAGCGUAGGAUGGGUGCUCCGGUUCGGCGGGUGUGCGGCACUCGUGGCUGCAUGGUUGACCAAGAGGCUAGCAGAAGGAUCCCGGUAA